AUGCAAAUACAAGAUGAAGAUAUAGAGAACAACAAUCACCAACAACAAACACAACAACAACAACAGCUAAGUCAUAUACAGAUAGGUGGUAGGAAAUCAAAAUUAGCAGUAAUACAAUCAGAAUUAGUUAAAAAAGCAAUACAAGAAAAUUACCCCCAAAUAGAUUGUUCAAUAUUAGCUUUAAGUACAUUAGGAGAUAAAGUUCAAACUCAACCAUUAUAUACAUUCGGUGGGAAAUCUUUAUGGACAAAAGAAUUAGAAAUUUUAUUAAUUGAUUCAAUUGAUGAAUUUCCUAAAUUAGAUUUAAUUGUUCAUAGUUUAAAAGAUAUGCCUACUAAUUUACCUUCUGAAUUUGAAUUAGGUUGUAUUUUUCAAAGAGAAGAUCCAAGAGAUGCUAUAGUUAUGAAAAAGGGAUCACCUUAUAAGAAAUUAAGUGAUUUACCUAAUGGUUCAAUAGUUGGUACUUCAUCAAUUAGAAGAUCUUCUCAAUUAAUUAAAAAUUAUCCAAAUUUAAAAUUUGAAAGUGUUAGAGGUAAUAUUCAAACAAGAUUAAAUAAAUUAGAUAAUUUAGAUAAUGAAUAUUGUUGUUUAAUUUUAGCAAGUGCUGGAUUAAAAAGAUUAGGUUUAGGUGAUAGAAUAACUUCAUGUUUAGAUGAUGUUUAUUAUGCUGUUGGACAAGGUGCAUUAGGUGUAGAAAUUAAAAAAGAUGAUUUUGAAAUAAAAAGAAUUUUAAAAUCUAUUGAAGAUCCCGUGGCUACAAUAUGUUGUUUAGCAGAAAGAUCAUUAAUGAGAUAUUUGGAAGGAGGAUGUUCAGUACCAUUAGGAGUAAAUGCAACAUAUAAUCAAGAAACUUCAAUAUUAAAUUUAAAAGGAAUUAUAGUAAGUCCAGAUGGUUUACAAUCAGUAGAAGAUGAAGUAUUUAAAACAAUAGAUAUUUCAAAUGAUGAAAAUUUAAAAAAAGAUUGUGAAUUAGUUGGUAUUGAAUUAGGUGAAUUAUUAAAAUUAAAAGGUGGGAAAGAUAUCUUGGAUAAAAUUGAUAUGACAAGAAAUAUAAAUGCAAAACCAACAGAAGUAUAA